CGAACAGUCUAGAAUCAUUCCUUGUUGAGGACAGCGGUGUUUUUCUUCCGUCGUCGUCUUUGAUAGCAGCAGCAGCAGUCAUUUUUGCAGAAAAAAUCAUUGAGCAAACAUCGGCGUUAAAAAUAACUUCCUUUUGGUGAAGUGGUGGUCCAUUUGGGUGUAUUCGAAAUUCGAAAGGAAAUUGCAUCAAGAAAAACGAAUUUGCUGGAUUUUUUGGCUGUGAUACGCCUGGAAAAGUGCCGUCGCCUGGUCUGCCAGACUAACCUCAAAAAUUGAUUUUUUUUUCUGGAAGAUUUCGCCAGGUGAAAUUUCUUGCGUUCCUCAUCUGGAAAAUGGCCAAGUGGGGCGAAGGAGACCCUCGUUGGAUUGUUGAGGAGCGGCCCGAUGCCACAAACGUCAACAACUGGCACUGGACAGAGAAAAACGCCACACCAUGGUCCAAGGACAAGCUGAAAGCCCUGCUGCAGGACUUUGUCAUCAGCAGUUCCGGACAGGAGUGCAAAAUUGUGGAAAUCGAGAAAAUGGAUGGCGAAGCCACGGCCAAUAACCGAAAAGGGAAGCUCAUAUUCUUCUAUGAGUGGAACAUUGUUCUCAAAUGGAAGGGCACCGUUGACGACGAGGACGUGGCCGGCAAGGUUUCCAUCCCGAAUCUUUCGGAGGAGAACGAUGUAGACGAGGUGGAACUGACGGUUUCCGUGGACGAAUCCAACAGUGCCUCGGAGAAGCUGAAAGUGUUCAUGUACAACGUCGGACGGGACCAGCUGCGGAAGCAACUGGACACGUACAUCAAAGAAUUGAAGAGGGACUUUGCCAAAGGCCUUAUUCUGCCAAAGAAGGGCACCGAGCAGGAUGGGGCCAAUGUGGUGAAGCCGGACAAGGAAACCGUCUAUGCCAGCGGUUUCAACAAACAAAAAAUCGAACUGCAAACUGUGAUUAGCGAACCGAAGAACGUCGGCUGCAAGCUGGACGUGAAAACACUGGAAACCGUUGAGCGGUUUCAGUGCCAGGCGAACGAACUGUACGAGGCGCUCACCCGAACGGACAUGGUGACCGCUUUUACGCGGGGUCACGUCAAACUGGAUCUGUUCAAGGGUGGAGAGUUCGUACUAUUUGGAGGAAACGUCAGCGGAAAGUAUGAUGAAAUUAUUCCAAACAAAAAGAUAACUCAAACGUGGCGGUUGAAGCAGUGGCCUGCCGGACAUUAUUCUAACGUUGUGAUGGAACUGGAGCAGAAGGAGGACCACACCGAGCUGAAACUCACCCAAACACUCAUCCCAACGGCCGAAUUCGAGGCCACGAGGGCCAACUGGAACCGUUACUACUGGGACAGUAUUCGAUCCGCGUUCGGAUUCGGUAGUUUUCUGUACUAACCACUACACCACCGAGUGCCGCCCGCCGGAAGUAAGUACUGACUGCUGAGUGAGCUGAACAAAAACAAACGAACGUAGGUCGGUGAUCCGAGCAAAGUCAUUCACACGGAGUAACACAACAACACAAUUGUUUUUACACUAAACAAAGCAUCAAAGUUAGAGGUCUAUCAGCGUUUUUUGGGAUCGUUGGAAAAUUGAAAGUUUGCUAAAAAAAAAAAUGGGGGAAAGAUUGCUGUUCUUCUGGAAUGAUUCUAAACGCGCAGGACGGCGCUUCGAGGUUCGGAUGGUUGUUCUUGACUUUCCCGGCUUCUUAAAAUUCGGUACUUUAGCACGAAUCGGCACAACGCAAGUGAAGUAGAUUAUUCUCCGUUUAUUGUUUAGUUUACAACGUUAAUUUAUGACUUAGCAAAGCAGUAAAAAACUACUUUUAGUCUGGAAAGUAAAAUUUGAAUUCUUUUUUCUUUUGUCUUGCUGGUACAAACGGUCCGAGCGACUAUAAGCCUUUUGCAGACUCUGAUUGAGCGUUUUUGCGUUUUACAAACAAAGUGAGAUAACCUAAACUCCUAGGAUAAUACCCAAACCUUAAGCGCUACGUUAUUGUCGCUUCUUUGGAGAAAGAAAGUGAGAAUAAACAUUCGACAAAAGAAAA